AUGGGCUUCAAACGACUUGGAAUGUUGACGUCUCUCAUACUUGUCUUUGUUGUUACUGGAUAUGGGAUUGCUGAAAGUUCAUGUCACACAACAUACGGCUUAUAUAAAGUCAGUUUAAUUGGUCGAAGUGUCGGUGAUAAAAUCCCUAAAGUUAUAGCAUUUUAUACUUACAAAUCUAAAGACGUGAAUCCAGGAGCUGGUCGUAGACUGGUAUUUGAUGUGACCAAGACAAACCAAGGAAACGGAUACAAUAGACAUACUGGAGUAUUUACAUUUGUUGCUCAUGUGUCAAAAGGAGAUACAGUUUAUGUUCGAAAUCAGUCAAUAUACGGCGGGAAUGGUAACAUAUAUAGUAACAAACUCGGUAAAACAUCAUUUUCGGGAUGGCUUCUACAGUAG